AUGAAGCGCUCAUCUAAUGUAUUUUGCAGGCGUCAAGAGCUUCAGCAGUUGAGACUGUUGCAGAAAGAAGAGAUGAAAGCCCAGAGUCAGCUGGAGCAACGAAUGCAGAGGGAGAGGGAGAUCAUGUUCCGUCACAUCGAGCAGGAGAUCAUAGGAAAGAAGCAGUAUUAUGAACGAGAGAUUGAGGCCCUGGAGAGACAGAUGGAGCAGACACGGGCACGGAGGGAGCAAGAGCACACCAACCGCCUGCGACAAGAUGCACUCCGUCUCCGAGCUCAGCACCAGAAGGAGAGGAGCAAGAGGAGGGCAGAGCUAAAGGACAAGGUGCAGGAGGAGAUGCUCUUUCUAGAGCAGCAGCAGGAGUUGAACGCAACACUGCAAAAAGUGGUUAAUGAACACAAGAAAAAGGUCAUGAGCAUUGAGAGAGAGAACCUCGGUAAAAUUCACAGCCUCAAAAGUGCUCGUGAGUCUGUCAUUCUAAGACUGGAGGAGCGACAUCUACAGGAGAAAUAUCAGCUUUUCCGUCACCAGGUGGUUGAACAACAUACUCUGCAGAGGCAACAGCUACGCAAAAGGCAUGAGAAGGAAAUGGAGCGACUCAAACAUUACCAAAGCAUCUUGCUGGAAGAACUAAAAAAUCAGCAACAGCAGGAAAGAUCCCGAGCGCAGAAGGCUCAGCGUGCCGAAGCCAGGAAACGCCAAGCUAUGUUCAAAGAGAGACUGAAGAGCCAAGGCAUGAGUCUAUCAGAGCAAAAAGAGAGGAACAAGCAGUUUCAGCAGCAAGAAUCUGCCCGCCAGAAAGAGGAGACUCAAAAGCAGCAGCAGAGGCAAGAACAGGAACUGCAGAAGUUCAAGGAACAUCUGGAAGAGACAUUUAAGGAACUGACACAGAUACAAGAAGAAAAACUAAGAACGUUGCAAGAACAGGAAACAAAGAAGCUACAGCGACUGGAAGCAGAGCACAGCAUGGAGGCUGAACAGUGGAAGGAGCGUCUGAGGCUUAGUAAAGAGAAGCUGGAUGGCGAGUUAGCCUUCAGACAGCAUCAGAUUUCAGACACUGGAAAGCAGCUGCACAAGGAUCAUGACAAACGCUUUUUCCUGGUUUUCACCUUCUUG